AGAGAACCCUGGCGCCAAGGGAGGGGGAAGGGAGGGGGAGACGGUACAAACGGCGUGGCCGCCAUCUUGUUUGUGCCCCCGCUUCGCGCGCGCUCCGUUCUCCGUGACGCACGCUUCCCCCUCCCCUCCGCUCUGCCCGGGCCUCUGCACUGCCCGACGCCGCAGGAGCGCGGCGGCGGCUCCUGCUUCUUCCCGGUACUCGUGAACGAGAGACUUGUCGAAAUGUCCACAGAAGGAGGAUUUGGUGGUACUAGCAGCAGUGAUGCCCAGCAAAGCCUGCAGUCCUUCUGGCCCCGUGUCAUGGAAGAAAUCCGGAAUUUAACAGUGAAAGAUUUCCGAGUGCAGGAACUCCCACUGGCUCGUAUUAAGAAGAUUAUGAAGCUGGAUGAAGAUGUGAAGAUGAUCAGUGCAGAAGCUCCUGUGCUCUUUGCCAAGGCAGCCCAAAUCUUUAUCACGGAGUUGACUCUGCGAGCCUGGAUUCACACGGAGGACAACAAGCGCCGAACUCUACAGAGGAAUGAUAUUGCCAUGGCAAUCACCAAAUUUGAUCAGUUUGAUUUUCUCAUUGACAUCGUACCACGAGAUGAACUGAAACCUCCAAAACGUCAGGAGGAGGUGCGCCAGUCUGUGACGCCUGCCGAGCCUGUCCAGUACUACUUCACGCUGGCUCAGCAGCCCACAGCCGUCCAGGUCCAGGGCCAGCAGCAAGGCCAACAGACCACCAGCUCCACGACCACCAUCCAGCCUGGGCAGAUCAUCAUCGCACAACCUCAGCAGGGCCAGACCACACCUGUGACAAUGCAAGUUGGAGAAGGUCAACAGGUGCAGAUUGUUCAGGCGCAGCCCCAGGGUCAAGCCCAGCAGGCCCAGAGUGGCACUGGACAGACCAUGCAAGUGAUGCAGCAGAUCAUCACCAACACAGGGGAGAUCCAGCAGAUUCCGGUGCAGCUGAAUGCCGGCCAACUGCAGUAUAUCCGCUUAGCCCAGCCGGUCUCAGGCACCCAGGUCGUGCAGGGACAGAUCCAGACACUUGCCACCAAUGCUCAGCAGAUCACACAGACAGAGGUCCAGCAAGGACAGCAGCAGUUCAGUCAGUUCACUGAUGGACAGCAACUCUACCAGAUCCAGCAAGUCACCAUGCCCGCAGGCCAGGACCUCGCCCAGCCCAUGUUCAUCCAGUCGGCCAACCAGCCUUCGGACGGGCAGGCCCCCCAGGUGACCGGCGACUGAGGGCCUGAGCUGGCAAAGCCAAGGACACCUGACACCAUUUUUGCCACCCAGCCCUGGGCGGUGGACACAGCCUCCCUCCCCAGAGGACCAGCAGACCUCAGCGCCUCCUGCAGGCUUAGGGCACUGGUGCACUACGCCCCACGCCUGGGGGCAGAAAUCCUCCAACAGAGAAAUGCAAUAUUUUUUAUUUCCUGUUUUUCCAUUGUUUUCUCUAAGGAAUCAGUAUUUCAUUACGUUGAGCUGUGUGUCCAAUGCUAUGAAAUGAAAAUAUUAAAUAACAUAUUUAUGGCAUUUCUUGAAGA